AAAAGAAGGUGUAGGCACAAUGAUUAGGUUGUUUCUAUAGCAAGAAACAACAACAUUCACGUCAAAUAGUUCAUCUGUACCUGCUGUGGAAUUUAAAUAAACAGUGCAGACAUGAGCUCAGAGCUACCGCUCUUGCUGGAGACCAUUAACUUCGCUGCAGAGAAACACCGAAAUCAACGCCGCAAAGAUCCUGAUGCAACCCCGUACAUCAACCACCCCAUAGGAGUGGCGAGGAUCCUGAGUCAUGAAGGUGGAGUCACAGAUAUUGAAGUUUUGCAAGCAGCUGUGCUUCAUGACACUGUAGAAGACACAGACACCACUUUUGAAGAACUGGAAGCUAUGUUUGGAAAUAAAGUAGCUAAGAUUGUCCAGGAAGUGACUGAUGACAAAACGCUACCUAAACAGGAAAGGAAACUUCAGCAGGUGGAACACGCACUCCACUGCAGCCAUCAAGCCAAACUGGUCAAACUGGCUGACAAACUGUACAACCUACGCGACCUCAAUCGCUGCACCCCUGAAGGCUGGACAGCGGUGCGUGUUCAGGAGUAUUUUGUAUGGGCGGCUCAGGUAGUAAAACGGCUUCGUGGAACCAACACUGCACUUGAGGAAAAGCUGCUCCAGCUCUUCAAGGAGAGAGACGUGGACAUGUGAGGAUGAUCAAGGAGCUUUUCACCUGGUGCAGCUUUAAUAUUGUUGUAAACACUCAAUGAUUAAGAGUGUCUGUAAUUUUUUUCAUCAUUUCAUAAUAUUUAUGGAUCAGACAAUGCAUUUUUAUAGACUACGGUGGGGUUUUUUUGUUGUUUUUUUUUUUAAUGAAUACAUUAAUCAGAUGAAUGUAUUGGUAUGUUAUUGACGCACAAAAAAAAAAAAA